AUCAAAAAUUGCGAAAGGACUUAUUCUUAUCAUUAUCUAUUGUCUAAUCUUAGAUAAUUCAUUUGAGAAUAGGCAGUCGUGAUCGUUGAUAGUCCAAGUAAGAGUAAAAUGAUUGCUAUAUGUGGCAGUGAUUUUACUUAAAAAUAUAUCCCAGUUUCAAUUAAUUUAUACUUAUUAGUGCGUGUGUUUAUUCAAGUUGUAUAGCAAUAAAGUGAGAAACCUUUCAAAUUUACUAGUUGCCACUACCUAUUUAAUUAUCAAAUUAAACGAACAUUAGUCUAAUGAAUAAUAAAUUAUUUCAGUAGUACCUAGUACAAAAUGGUUUUCGGCUGUUGCAGAGGUUGUCAUUUCAAAAAAACUCUAAUAAUAAAUAGUGCUCAAAAAUCUUCACUAGUUCCUAUUUCGUAUAAGGAAAAUGGAAAAUUACAUACGUUUAAUGAAGAAACUCCCACAGAACAGGUUGAAGUUCAGAAUAAUGGAGACAAUGCUAAUCAGUUGCAAAGAGAGACUAACCGUUUAUCUCUCCAAGAAACUGGAGAACCUUCCGCCUCAAACACUUUAGACACUUUCAAUUCCAUUACAUCCUCUUUAACCCCAUCGAACGGUAAUGAAGUGGUUGAAAAUAAGCAACCAGUGCAAUUCGCGCCCGCAUUGAAAAAACAAAGGGCACCGCCUAUUCCAAAUGGACAAAGUUCUGAAGAAUUUAUAGCAAAUGACACCGAAUCGCAAGAUAAUGUUCCGGUUUCCAAAGAAGAACAAAAAAAAUCUAUCAUCGAUAUUGAUGGCGAUUUUAGAGAAAGACGAGAAGGUAUCGCGCCAGUUCAGAAACGCGUUGAUCAAAUUAUGGAAAAACUACCCGUAUACAUCAAAGAUCCUUCAGAUGAAGACACGAUUCGACGAGCUAUACGAAGCAAUGAUUUCCUAAACCAAAUUAUAACCGACGAAAAACUGAAUGAAGUUAUAAUAUCCAUGUACAAUAAAGAGAUUUCAGCUAAAGAAGUUAUCAUAAAGCAAGGUGAUAAAGGCUCCCACAUGUAUGUUUCAGCUAAAGGAACUUUCCAAAUAAUCGUCAAUGGCAAAGUAUUCACCACUUUUAAUGACACGAGAGUGUUUGGUGAAUUGGCUCUUCUUUACAACGCCAAACGACAAGCUACCGUUAAAGCCGUUUCGUCCGGAAGAGUUUGGGUACUGGACAAUAACGUAUACCAGCAGAUCAUGAUCAGAGACGUGAUGAAGAAACAGGACGAAUUAAUGAAGUUCCUGCUGAACAACAAAUACCUAAAAGUCGUCGGAGAGGAAGCCCUCAAAAUCGUUUCAAAUCUAUUGAAGAGCGAAUUCUUCAAAUCCAAUGAAGUGAUCGUCAAGCAAGGGGAUAGAGGCGACAAAUUCUUCAUAAUUCGAGCCGGAACGGUGACAAUAACCAAAAAAGGCGAAGGCGUCGUGAACAUUUAUAAGCAGGGCGACUGCUUCGGCGAGCUCGCGCUCCUAGAAGAAGACUGCCGCCAGGCGACGGUAACAGCGAAUGCACCGGGCGUGGAAUGCCUGACUCUGACAAGGAAGCAAUUCAUCGACCAUCUAGGCGAAAUAAAGCAAUUCAAAUACAUAAAAAUCGAAGAUCGGCCGAAGGAGUCGAUAAACGCCGCGCCCACCGAAUACGACGACAUCAACCUGAAGGAUCUGAGAAUAGUAAAGACGAUAGGAGUCGGUGGAUUCGGGCGAGUUGAACUGGUGCAGCACACCACAGUCGAAAACAUCGUUUUCGCGCUGAAGUAUUUGAAGAAAAUAGCCAUAGUCGAGCAAAACCAACAAGAGCAUAUCUAUAACGAGAAGGACAUUCAGUUAAAAUGUAGGUCUCCAUUGAUCGUGCGGUUGUUCAGAACCUACAAAGACAGAAAAUUCGUCUAUUUUCUAAUGGAAGCAUGCUUAGGUGGCGAUCUGUGGAGUUUGCUUCAUCGACAGAAAAAUAGAAAAUUCGAAGAAAAAGAAGCGCGCUUCAUCUGCGGUUGCGUGUUAGAAGCCUUCGAUUACCUUCAUUCCAGAGGAAUCGUCUAUCGCGACCUCAAGCCGGAAAAUUUACUGAUAUCGAGCAAAGGAUACAUUAAACUCACCGAUUUCGGGUUUGCGAAAAAAAUCGAAAACCGGUCGAAAACAUUCACAUUCGCAGGUACUCCCGAAUACGUGGCGCCGGAAAUAGUCCUUGGUCGUGGGCAUGAUCGAGCAGUGGACUAUUGGGCGUACGGCGUGUUUGUAUUCGAAAUGCUGUGCGGUAAAACGCCCUUUAGAAGCGACGAUCACAUGCGAACCUACCAGAAAAUCCUGAACGGGAUAGACACGGUCGCAUUUCCGACGUAUAUUCCCCUGUCGGCGAAAUAUUUGAUAGAAAGGCUGUGUAGGGCCGUGCCCUCCGAAAGGCUCGGCAUGAAGAAGAAUGGAAUCCAGGACAUCAAGGGCCACAAGUGGUUCAUGGGCAUGGAUUGGCAGAAAUUAGUUCAGGGCGGUUAUCAUUCGCCGUUCAAGCCGAAGUUAAACGGGCCCGUUGACACUAAAUAUUUUGAUAAUUUCAAGCCGGACAACGAUAAAACUCCGGAAGAAAACUCCGGGUGGGAUAAUGGUUUUUAAAUUAAGUUCAAUUUGUACCUAAUAAAAUAAGUUUAUUUCAAAUUGAUGAAAUCCAAAUAAAUAUUCUAUGUGUGUUGCUUUUAUAAAUUUAGUGUAAACGUUCAUUUACCGUUAUUUGUUAACAACGUAUAAUUUCAAGGUUGCCAAUAAAUUACCGAUAUUAAAAUUUCAGCAUUUAAAUUAUUGCAAAUUUCAUUACAUACAUGCGUUUUGCAUGGAGUACUUUAAUUCAUUCCGCUGCUAGUGUAAUGUAAUACCGCAUAAAUAUAUUUUUCUCUCAAUUCUUUUUUUAAUUCGUUAAGCGCAUCAAUUACAAUCUAAUUAUACUUGUAAUAUUUAAAUUAUUGUAAAUAAGACUUUCAAUUAUAGAAUAAACAAUAAAAUAAUAAAUAUACAAAUAAUUAGGUACAUACAGGG